AUGAUCACUAGCCUGGGGAUGGUUUUGUGCAUGAUAGCGACGAACAUAAUUCUCCCGAUAAUUCCUGUGCUCGCAAGUGAAUAUCAUCUGACACCUUCCCUUGUCAGUCUAACCAUCACCGUAUACAUGUUAAUGCAGGGGAUUUCGCCAGCUUUGAUGUCUGCGCUCUCUGAUCUGCAAGGGCGUCGCUUGGCAUGGGCUCUUGCAUUGUUGCUAUACACUAUCUCAAAUAUCGGGCUUGCACUGCAGGAUAAUUAUAUUGGCUUGGUAAGCCUUCGGUGCAUGCAGAGCAUUGGAAGUAGCUGCGCGGUGCCAUUUGGCUUUGCAGUAGCUGCCGAUAUCGCGUCACCAGCAGAAAGGGGAAGAUACAUUGGUCCGAAGCAAGGUGGUGUUAUGACAGCUUUCGCAUUUGGUCCCGUUAUUGGUGGAGUGUUGUCAGAGAAUUACGGGUGGAGAAGCGUAUUUUGGUUUCUUGCUACUGCUACUGGCUGCUUUCUGGUGGGCUAUUCUCUCGUUAUCCCUGAAACUGCCCGAAAUGUGGUCGGAAAUGGCUCGGUUGACCCUGGGGUAUGGUGGAGGCGGCCGUUGUUGGAGGUCUUCCCAACCACGGGGCGCAGUCCCCCACGCUGA